UGCCACCGGUGCUCCGACUCUCUGGCACCAACAACAUGGACUCGAUGUCCACCCCGCCUACCUCGCCCAUGAGCGGCCACCCACACCGCACAUCGAUAGCGAAUGCUUUGCGCACUCCGAGGAGUUCUAGCCGUCUGAGUCUUGGAGGUCGAGCUGGAAGCAGUCGCGCCUCCGACGAAGACUCCAAGACAGCGGUGAAAGUGGGUGAGUACCUAGCAGUCGACCCCUAUCGUCUUUCUCCGCUGACUGCUGUACAGNCCGUUCGAGUCCGCCCACCUCUGAACCCUUCCGAUCCGGGCUACGACUUGAUCCCGCAGCGAUUCCGCGCCUCGACUUGCGACGUCUCUUCUGCCACCAAUCUCGCAAUCCAAUCGACCCAGGGAAAGAAGCUGUUUGUCUUCGAUCGCGUCUUCGGCGAGGAAACAACCCAGCAAGGCGUCUGGGAAUAUGUCAGCGACAGCGUCGACUCUNUUAUCCAAGGCUACAAUGUUUCCAUCCUUGCAUAUGGCCAAUCGGGUGCCGGAAAGUCGUAUACUAUGGGUACCGCCGACUCUGAAGGCGCCUUUGAUCCUGUCCACGCUGGUGAGUCGCAUUGCUCGACCCUCACCAAGUCGGGCCUACGUUCUCCUGCGCGGUAUUCCGUCUCAGCCGUGUCCAGCCUUUCGAAUCUGCACCGCCAAACGAACAGUGACAAGUCGUGGGUAUUGACAGCCACCUACGCUGAGAUCUACAAUGAACAACUCCGCGAUUUGCUCGUUCCCAGCACUGUGCCUGAAGCCGACCGUCCCCAGGUCUCGAUUCGUGAAGACACCAAGGGCCGUAUUUUGCUCACUGGUCUGACCCAGAAACCCAUCAACUCGGCAGACGAUCUUUUGGAGGCUCUGAGCUUUGGGUCCAACAUCCGCCAAACCGACUCGACCGCUAUCAACGCCAAGUCUUCGCGCUCCCACGCCAUUCUCAGCUUGAAUCUCACCCUGAAGAAAGGCCCUUCAGUCAACAGACGUGCUUCCGUCCAAGUCGACAGUUCAACCGCCAACGACGCUAUCGUGACCACCGAAAGCAAGCUCCACUUUGUCGACCUUGCAGGCAGUGAACGUUUGAAGAACACGGGUGCUCAAGGCGACAGAGCCAAAGAGGGUAUAUCGAUCAAUGCCGGUCUCGCUAGCUUGGGGAAGGUCAUUUCGCAGCUGUCCACUGCAAAGCAUGGUGGCUACAUAUCCUACCGUGAUUCUCGGUUGACUCGCAUUCUGCAAGAUUCUCUGGGCGGAAACGCUAUCACGUACAUGGUCGCCUGCGUUAAUCCCGCCGAGUUCCAUCUAAGCGAAACGCUCAACACUGUCACCUAUGCUCAGCGCGCUCGCGCCAUUCAAAGCAAGCCUGAAAUUCAACAAACGACUGAGGAGGCUGACAAAGCUUCCAUUAUCGCUCGUUUGCAAGCCGAGGUCGCUUUCCUUCGAGAACAGGUCAACAAGAACAACGAAAAAGGCGAACAGCGCAUCCUGGCUGCUGGAGAUCACAAAGAGCGUCGCGAGAGCGAGCUGCAGGACCAGCUCAUGGACAUGCAGGAGAGUUACAAUGCCCUCAGCGGACGCCAUGCAAAACUCAUAUCCGAAAUCUCCAAAGCCAAGGAAGACAACCACGAGGACACUCCCACUCUCAGAGACGCUGUAGGGGAGUCAGCAAUGGAGAGACUCAAGCGCUCUAAUUCGUUUGCGGAAGCUGUCGAACAGGUUGUCAUGGAGUACGAAAAGACGAUCCAAUCGCUAGAGGCUUCCUUGUCAAAUACCCGCUCGACACUUUCCGCGAGCGAAAGUUCACUCAUGGAGCGCGAGGCUAGAAUAGCCUACAUGGAGUCGCAAGCCCACCAGCUACAAAAGGCUAGCGAGCGUGAAGCCAACAACGAUGCCUACUUGCGAGAUCUGGAGACCCAGAUAGAGGGCGCGACUACGAGCGAAGAGAAGAGCUCCAUCCUCAUUGCCAGUUUGCGAAAGGAUAUAUUGCAACAAUCGAGGAGAAAUUGGCAGAAGCAGAGCAGGNAUCGAGAGAUCAUGCAGCGCGAGCUCGACCGUCUGGAGAAUGUUAUCGAACGCCAAAGAAGUAUCGGCAGACUGGAUAAUCUUCUCGCAGAGCUUGACAACAUUCGCCAUAGUGAACAAACUGGACGUCCUCAGCAGCUGAACGGUCACUCAGAUGAUGACAAUGACCGCGAUUCGUUCAUCAAGGAGUCAGGGACUAUUACCAGAACUGUCGCUGCUGACGAGCAAGCUUCAGGGCAGCUUGGAGGUUCAACAAUGGCCAUGUCUGGAAAUGAUGGACCUACUGCUCAACAGAGCCAGGAUUCUGAGAGAAAAGACGAGCAACAUCUGGCCCAGUCCAGGUUCAUGGCCGACAAACUCGAAACCAUGACGCAAGAACUUUUCGACCUUCGCAGCGAGCACGAGACAACGAUCAAUGAUUACGACAAUCUUCAACGCAAGUACGAAACUGCACUGCAAGCACUCGCCAAAAUGCAUGAAGCACAAGAAGAGGAAACCAAUUCCGAAUCGAGAAACUUAGACAAGCCAGAGUCUNUUUUAGAGGGCGCGGGGGUGAAUGGCAUGAAGGGGGAUGGACAACCGGCCGCAUCCUCGCGUUCCUUGGCAGCGGAGUUGUCAUCGGGGUCGUCAUUGCGACACUCUUUCACUACAAUGAACGAGGAGUCGGGCGAAACAAAUGGGGCUCAAGGCAGACCCCUGAGAGAUAUUGAGGGCGAUGAUGCAAGCACGAUUGUGGAUGAGGACGAGCCUCCUCUCCGUACAGAUGAACGAGCACUCGCCCACGAGAUGGAGAUGCUGAGGCAGCUCCACAUCCAGCGAGAAUCAAGCUUGAAGGAGAUCUCGGACAAUUACAUGAGACUAUCUGAAGAGCAUAAGAAUGCUUUGCGUCAGGUUGAAGAUCUCAAGCGUGAAGUACAGCGAGCACAACUGGCAACCAACAGACAAUCGUCUCCCUCGCUGGUCAAACCCAUCAUUCGUCGCAAGCCUAGUCAGGAUCUCAUGGCCAACACGACUACCAACAACGAUCGAGCAAUGCGUUCAUUCGCAUCACUACGCAAUAUCGCGCUUGACAAUUUCGAGUCGAACGUUGAUGUCCGCCAGAACUUUGAGAUUCAUCUCAACACCAUCAUGGGCGAUCUGCAUGACCGGACCGAGAAGAUGCAAGCACUUGAUGCAGAAGUCACGGCCGCUCGGAGGGAUCUCGACGCUAAGACUGCAAUAAUCACGGGCCUAACGCGAGAGAGAGCUAGUGUUUCGGCUGCUAAUACCGUUGAUUUCACUGUUGUCGGACACAUGCGCGAUCAACUCACGAGAAGUGAGCAGCAGGUAACCUUCCUCCGCGAGGCUCACGAAAGUCGAGAGAAGGAACUCCAAUCUCAGGUCGAUGAACUCAGGUCACAACUACAGCAGACUUCCGAGAAACAUGUAGUCGCAGGUAGUGAGCGAUCUGAUAACGACAGCGACGAUCUUGUUGCUCAUCUGCAGAAGCAAUUGUCCAGCUGGGAGUCACGACAUGCUCACACGACAGAUGCAAUGAAGGAGUCUGAGACCAAGCUGCUUGCUACUAUCACAACUCUUGAAGGCUCUCUUUCUGAGGCACACAAGUCGGCCGCUAGUCGCGACGCGGAAUACGAUGCAGCGAUUGCGAAGCUUGAUCAGGAACGGACCCAACACCAAGAGCUUGUCGAUUCUCUACAGAAGCAGAUCAGUGACUACCAAGCCGCUAGCCAUGAACACAGUCAAAAGCUUUCGCUGCUUGAGCAGUCCUACGCAAGCAUUAGGCAACAAGUCGAUGAAGACAGCAAGGGUAGAGAGCUUACAAAGAAGGAGCUACAGACUCAUCGCAAUCUGGUGUCUAAUUUAGAAAGCCAAAUUGAAGCUCACAAGUCUGCGAUUGGAAUACAUGAGCAGAAUCUGGAGGCUCUCAAGGCGUCGCAUACAGAAGAGCUCGAUAAUGUCAGGACUGCUAGGGCAACGGCUGAGAACGACUUCGCCGAGAAACAUGCAGCUUUGGAGGCACAGCACCAAUCUGUCCAGCAAGACCUCCAGCGAUCUCAAGUUGACCUGGAAGAGCUGCUUGCUGAAGCAUCGGCCAUUCUGGGCCACGAAACCGACGUUGGACGAUUCCACUCUCAUCUGACCGACUUUGUUGGACAGAACAGGGAUCUCAGCGCUGGCAAAGCCAGUGAGCAAGACGUGGAGAUGCCUUCAACCAAGGUUGAUGAUCUUGAGGCUGAGAUUGCGCAACUGAAGAAAAGCAACCAGGACAUCACGUUCAACAUGGAGCGUGCGGUAGAGAACGAACGUAAGAGUGCUGCUUUGGUGCAAGAAUUGGAGGAUCAGCUCAACUCAACAUAUGAUUUGCAUCAAGACACUAGCAACAGGCUAUCUGCCAUACAGAGCGAGCGGCACACACAACUCGAAGAAGCGACAAGUGCGAAGAACGAGAUGAAGAAAGAACUCGAGGAUGCUAGACUGAAGGUCUCCUUACUCGAGUCUCAGCUCGCCGAGCUGCAGCGCCGAUCGAUGGCUUCUACCUCGCGUGACUCGAUGAAUUAUGCUCGCGAAUCACUGUCGCCAGAAGCCGCAGCCUUUGCACUUGCUCGUACGAGUUCGCAGAACUCGUUGAUGACUCGUCCAAAGUCCAACGCCACAAACGCGACUUCGGGCCUUCCUUCCCCGCCGCCUGCAAUUCCCCUGCCGCCUAUCCCCACUCCUGGGCUCAACGGGUUGACCCCCUUCUUGAGUCAGAGUAGCAGCGUACCCAUGGGCUUGGGCAUCGAUGCUCGCACUUCGAGCCCUGCGCCUACAACGACCUUCACGGCAUCAUCUCCUCCCGGGACACCAUACCACAGCUCUUUCCCACAACCACCAUCAACGGCACCUUCGACUGUACAGCCAGAUCCCGGCUAUGCACAAGUGAUUGAGGAGCAGGAGUCUCGCAUUCGUACCAUCGAGAAGCACUUGUUUGCUGAGAAGCAGCUCACAGCUACGCUCGAAGAAGCUCUUGUCGAUCUUGAGACAUCGCAGAACAAGACACGACAAGAUCUCGAGUCGUGGAGGAAGAAGUGCUCAAACUUGGAGGAUGAACUCGUGGGUCUACGCAAGGAGCGCACGAAUUCACGGGCAAGCAUGCAGCAAGUAGAGGAAGAGAGGGAGAUGAGACAUCGUGCGGAGCGCGCGAGACAGGCGCUCGAAGAACGUAUGCGAGAGCUGAAUGCUGGACAGAAGAAGAAGAAAGGAGUGUUGAAUUGUUUC